AGACAUAUUAAUAGAAAACUGAAAAAGUUGUAAGAAAAAAAAAAGGGAAAAUAAAACACAUAUAUUGUUCGGGCCAAGUUGCGGACCCAGGCCAGACCCGGCCUUGUUUGUCACCGGCUCACCGCAAUAUAUAGAACAAACUGAAUUCCAAUUCUAGAUCUGUAAAUUCUCCCAAACCAAAAAAAAUAAACAAGUUUUGAUCUGAGAAAUCAGGGCAAUGGAUCUGAUGCGCUACCAACCUGCUAUCGGCGGCUCCGCCCGGGCUACUCCGGCCGAGGCCGGCUGCGGGAGCUGGAAGCAGGGAGACGGAUGUCAUGACAUCAAACAUGAUUCCUCUAAGAAACGAGCGCUUUCGGGAGAAGAACUCAAACAGUUUCUCUAUGAUUCCUCUAGGAAAUCCGAGAUUUCGGAACGAGAGUUACAAGAGAUAUUUGUGAAGAUCGUCAAGGGUGCCGAUCCUAACCAUAAAUUGUCUGAAAGUGAAGCCGAAUCCACAAGGAAUCUGUUAGAUGGGUGGAGAGUUAGAGGAGAGUUGUUUAUGUUGCCGCACGAGGAAUUCGUAAAGAGGGUGUUUAUAUCUGAUGAGGAAUUUGAAAAGAUAUGCAAGGAAGCCGAGGCAGCUAGGAAACUGGAGAUAGCUGAACGUAAGCCUGAUGAAAAGCCUAAAUAUUGUGAAGUUUGUAUGAAGGUCGGGUACCACAUGUCAUUUCGGUGUCCUUACUUGGAAGAUAUUCCAAACCCCGACACCGCAGUUGUUGGCGAGGGCUAUGAAAUAAUUUGCCAUUGCUGCCUUGAGUCGGAUCAUGGCCACCCCAAGGGAAGCUGGGCAGGAUUUGCAUGGAAUAAGAGUUGUGAUUGGUUUGAAAAGCUGAUGCCCCGUGAUCAAGAAGACUCAGAUUCAGAAUCAGAUGAAGACUAGUCUGAAUAAGAUGAUGAGCCUUAACUUUGUGAAGGUUGUGGACCACUUGUCAUUUGAAUGUCCCUACUUGUAUGGCAAGUCUGAUCCCUGAAGACAUAAUAUGUAGCGAUUAACUACUUGAUUCAGUGUAGUAUUUUAGAUGGCCAGAGAACUGUUAUGUGAAUAAGAACCUCUAAAAGUGUCGUGUUGUUAAGAACUUAUCAUUGUCGUACUGUUGUUUGCUUCCCUUUUAGACUUUGUGAAGAUAAUUUAUUGGUAUCUUUGGUUUUGUCUCACUUUCAUGUAUUUUCGCUUUGAUCUCUUUAAC